AGACGCACCUCCGCCGCUAACAACCACCACCGCGCCCGGCGACCCCCCUCCUUUACAGCCCGCUACCCCUCCGCCCGCCGAAAUCCCACCAAUGGGCGUCGUUCCCGACGAUCUGACAGCCACGCCCACCGUGGUCGUAACGGCGUCUGGCGACCCCCACCACCAUCACGCGCAUCCCCACCACAACCAGUCGGAAGAGCCGCCGGCUCCGCCUUCCACGCCCGGUACCGCCCCUGACGGGAGCGGCGGUACAGGCAGCGACGGCGCGGGUAGUGAUCCGGAACACGACGAGUUCGCGCCGAAGAGGAAACAAAGGAGGUACAGGACGACGUUUACUAGUUAUCAGUUGGAGGAGCUCGAGAAGGCGUUUUCGAGGACGCAUUAUCCGGAUGUGUUCACCAGGGAGGAACUGGCAAUGAAAAUAGGCUUAACUGAAGCUAGAAUACAGGUGUGGUUCCAGAAUCGGCGCGCGAAAUGGCGCAAGCAAGAAAAGGUCGGUCCCACCGGCCACCCGUACAAUUCGCCGUACCUCAAUCCGUCAACUGGAGCUUCCGCUCAAUCCGUGGUCGCACCGACGUUGCCGAAUCCGUUCAGUUUGCCUUUCGGUCUCCGGAAGCCGUUCGAUUCAUUGGCUGCCUUCCGGUACCCGCCGCAUGCGAUGUUGCCGGGGUACUUGCCGUCGCCUCCGUCGUACCACCACAGAGGGGCGCCACCGCCGCUCUUGCCACCUUCAGCUCAUGCCGUGGGUCUCUACCCGUCGGCCAGCUCCUUCCAAACCCUGCUGGCGAACAUCUCGGCUGCUCAAAGACCAAAACAAGAGUUCUCAACUACUCCCCCUUUAUCACCUGGAAGUGGUUCCUCAGCCUCUGGACCGCCUGAAGUCGACAGAAGAAGCUCCAGUAUCGCCUCUCUGAGACUGAAAGCGCGCGAACAUGAGUUGAGGUUAGAAAUGCUCAGGCAGAACGGCGAUCUCAUUAGUUAAUGUUGGUGUUGGUGAUCAACGUGUUGUUAUUGUUGAAUUUGUACUAAAGGUUGUUUCAGAAAUUGAGGAGGGUCUUUGAGAUUGAUUUACAGCGCACACUGAAUAAUAUGACAGGUUCUUAAAAGAAACCUUAAAUAUCCGGUUCUCGAAAAUUACCAUCUGCUUAGGCUAGCGCCCAGGACGUAAAAAUAUAAAUAAUGCAUUAAGGCAAAGUAAUAAAAAGCUCAAACAUUGGUCUACACCUGUGAGAAGCUAUUUAAACUUGUUACAUUAUUUUUGUGUGCUCUAUAUAAAUUUAAAAGAUUGUCACAUAUUAUGGAACAUCUUGUAUACAUUCUAUAUGUUACAGAAACGAUUUUUAUCAAAUUUCACAUCGUUUGUAAGGAAUUUACGUUGGAAAAAUUGAAAAAAAAACUUGCUACCCAUGAGAUUCGAACCUGUGACCAUCGCGUCCGUAAUUACUAAGCGUAAGAAACCACUUGCGAUCGGGAGGUUGUGAGUUCGAGUCUCCUCGGUGGCGAAUUUUUUUUUCACUUGCCUCUAUGUUGAAUUUUCAGAAGCUAUGGUGUUUGUGGAAAUAUGGAUUUUUAUUUGAAUAGUAAGUUGAAAUUCUGUUAUACAGAAGCGGAUUUUAUAUAAUCCAGAUUUUAUUUAACCGUUUCGGAUAUAAAAUAUCCAAAGUUUGUGUAGAAGUAAACGAAUAUACUUAUAAAACAUUUUAGAAUUUGUCAGAUGUUGACGUGGUGAUGCGUCUAAGACUGACUCGCCUUUAGACUGCGGCCUUGAAUGAUUUUUCGCAUAUCAAUAGCGAUAGUGCAAGUUGCGGAAGCGUCAAUUUGUAGAUUCAUAUUUUGAAAAUUUCUUACUGCCUGAGCCAGAAAAUUAGAUUCGUACCAAGUCUACGUGUGAACCUUGCAAGAGGGUAUUUUUGAACCACGUUUAUAAAAAAGGGUACAUUUUGCUUUAAGUUAACAAUAGCUGUGCUAUUUGAGUUGAUGUGGCUUCAUAUGCGUUAUAAUUUUUUAUCAUCGGCAGUAAGAAAUAUUCGUGUUUUUGUAAAUAAUGUGUACUUAGUGAAUAAUAGAUAGUACGUACUAUAUUGAAACCAUCCGUCCUGUAUGUAAAUAAAAUUCUGAUAAUAAUUUUAUUUAUUGAUAGCUCAGAACAAAGAUAUUUUACGAAUUCAGUUGAGCAUUACAAGUUGUUGAAAUCUAAAUAUUUUUGCAAUUUUUGAGUAUUCAUUAUUUGCUUUAUUUACUAAAAAAAGAUAAUAAAAAUUAUUUUUAAUCAUAGUGUCCUGCUAUUUCAUGGAACGUACUCUUGUAGAUUUUAUUUUUUAUACAUAUGUAUAUGUAUUAUUAGUUAUAUAGUUCGAUAGUAUCUACUUUUAUUUUUAUAAACUAAUUAUUGUAAUUAUUACGUAUUUGCAAUAAUCGUACUGUUAUUAGCGACUUAUGAAUAAUAAUGGCCUCAAAUGAUC